AUUUUUAGAUAAACAUAUUGGACGGAUAUAUUCAAAUAUACUAACCAUCGUAUUAAUAAUGAUAGGCCGAAAUUUAUCGGUACUUCUUACGUUGCGAAAACUCACUACCGAUUUAUUUUGUUUGGCUAAAAACUUACAUUUUUCCUGUCGCCAAUAUUUGCAUAAUAAUUCCUUAUCUAUGGCUUCGGUAAAACUAAUAGCUUAUACUUCGUACGAAUCAGUAAAGAAAAAUGAGGGGAAUCAAAAUGCAGAGCAACCCAUUAUAAUAAUGCACUGUCUCUUUGGCUCGAAAAGCAAUUGGAAUGCACUACCAAAAACAAUUCAUCAAAAAACCAAGCGCAAGGUCAUAGUGGUAGAUGCCAGAAAUCAUGGUGAUUCUCCGCAUACAUCAAACAUGUCAUACGAGGAUAUA